ACAUCUCAAGACAGGCAACAGGCUGUAUACUAUAGUCUAUAUAGCUCCUUGUGGAAGCGGAAACCAUAUUAGAAGAAGAAGAAGAAGAAGAAAAAGAACUUAUAAUAUCGGUGCAGUUCUUAUUAUCUAGGACUCUAGUUUUAUAUAUGUAUAUACAUAUAUCCCAAGUGCUUUUUUAAGAAAGAUAUCUUUAAAAAAACGAAAAAGAAAAACAGAGUCGCACGAUGGAUUAUAGUUUAAUUCUGCGUCCUGAUCUUCAAGAUCUUUUGAAUAAGUAUACUGAAAUGCGCGAUAAAUUUUCUGCGUUAUAUGUUUUUAGUGAAAAGCAACGAAAGUCUUUAGAAUUUGAGCGCGAACAGUCAGCAAAAAUGAAAAAUAAACUAAAGAACAUGCUCUGUUGGUUUAUGAAACUCGAGGAUCAGUAUAAGGCAAACUUGGAUAAUCUAAAAAAAAGAAACAAAGAAUUGGAUUAUAGUUUAACCGAUAUGCAACGUGAACGCGAUCAUGUUGCACUCUUAAACAGUGUCAAAGUUUCUGCAUUACAGGACGAAAUCAAUCAUUUACGCGCGCAAAUAGUACAGCUUAGAGAUAAUCACAAACAGCAAUUAAUGUUACAAGAUAAAUAUCACAAGGAUGGAAUUUCUAAAUACAAAUAUCUUUUGGAAAAUAUACAUGCGGAAUCGCUUCCGGAACAAAAUGUAAUAAGAAAGGAUAAACGUAAGAAUAUAAAGAAACAUCCUGCUUUGAUAAAUGAAGAAAAUACGAAACAGAAAGAAAGACUACAUGACGAAUUACUUGACUUAGAGGUUGAUAAGGUCAUCUUACGUAAAAGAAGAAAAUUAUUCCAAGAUAACAAGGAAGUAAUUGAUAUCAUUUGAAGACAACCCUUAUAGAAAAGUAUUACUGAAACUACCGGCCAAAAUAUUAC